AUGGAUGAGGUCAGCGCUGUGGUGUCGGGGAAUGGAAUGUGUAAGUGUAACAUUCAGAACCGGGUAACGUUCGGAGAUCGAACUCUGCGAUCGGCGACGUUCGAACAGGGGCAGGCAGCCUCCUCUGUGCUUCGGCAGCUCGCACCUCAUUGACUGACUGGGGGGCGGGGGCAAAGAGGAGGAGGAAGAAGGAGGAGGAUCUUCGCUGCUUCGGCUGGUUCCAUCCCGGGGGCCAUUCACAGAGAUCGCGGAGAGAGGGGUAAACAGCACCCGAGUCUAGGAGCUCCUCUGCAGAAAAGAAUAAAGAGAAAUGCAGGGAUUUGUAAGGUUACGGCGCUCAAGCUGGAAGAUGUGAUCAUGAUAGCUGUGUGAACCGGCGCUGGCUGUGAGCUGCUGCUGCUGACUUGCUCUGGAACCGGGGGGCUUGGUUAUUGCGGGAGUGUUUUGGAUGAGUUGAAGUUGCUGCUGUACCUUGAUCGUUUGCAACGCUUAGAGAGAGAGAGAGAGAGAGAGAGAGUUGGGGGAGGGGAAACACUCAGUCUUGCAACUGAUUGAGAGGUGAAGGGAACUGGGUUUGGUGCUUAGUUCAUUUGUGUUUGUAUGUGUGUGCAUGCAAGAGAAUUCCCAGCCCUUUGCCCUGCAAACUCGUGCUGGGCGUGAAUUAUUCGCCUUCGCUGUUUCUCUCUCUCUCUCUCUCUAUUGUGCGACCCAAAGAUGAAAGACAGAAGGGGAGAAAGUUAAAGAAAUCGCCCACAUGCGCUGCAUCAGUCCAAGGCUUUGGGAAAGGAAUAAAGAGAAGGUGGUAGAAGAGAGUUUGAAGUCUUUGCAGGCGGGAAGAUGGCGGACUGGAGCUGAAAGUGUUGAUUGGCAAACUUGGGUGAUCCUUGUGUUUAUUUACAAUCAUCUUGACCCAGAUAGGACACAUGCAGGCCAAAAAACGCUAUUUCAUCCUGCUCUCAGCUGGCACUUGUCUCGUCCUUUUGUUUUACUUCGGAGGCUUGCAGUUCAGGGCAGCGAGAAACCAAAGCAGGAGAGAGGAGCACAGUAGCAGGAAUGGCUUGCACCACACCAGCCCGGAUCAUUAUUGGCCCCGAUUCCCGGACGCUUUGCGCCCCUUCAUUCCUUGGGAUCAGUUGGAAAACGAGGAUUACAAUGUGCACAUUUCCCCUAGGCAGAAGAGAGACGCCAACUCCAGCGUCUACAAAGGCAAGAAGUGCCGCAUGGAGUCCUGCUUCGAUUUCACCCUUUGCAAGAAAAACGGCUUCAAAGUCUACGUGUACCCGCAGCAGAAAGGGGAGAAAAUCGCCGAAAGUUACCAAAACAUUCUAGCAGCCAUCGAGGGAUCCAGGUUUUACACUUCCGAUCCGAGCCAAGCUUGCCUGUUUGUCCUGAGCUUGGAUACCUUAGACAGAGACCAGUUGUCACCCCAGUACGUGCACAACCUGCGAUCGAAAGUGCAAAGCCUCCACUUGUGGAACAAUGGUAGAAAUCAUUUAAUUUUUAAUUUAUAUUCCGGCACCUGGCCCGAUUACACUGAAGACGUCGGGUUUGAUAUUGGCCAGGCGAUGCUGGCUAAAGCUAGCAUCAGUACUGAAAACUUCAGACCGAAUUUCGAUGUUUCUAUUCCGCUCUUUUCUAAGGAUCAUCCUAGGACAGGAGGGGAGAAGGGAUUUCUAAGGUUUAACACCAUCCCUCCUCUCAGGAAGUACAUGUUGGUAUUCAAGGGGAAAAGGUACCUGACAGGGAUAGGGUCAGACACCAGGAAUGCCUUAUAUCACGUCCAUAACGGGGAGGAUGUUGUCCUCUUGACCACCUGCAAGCAUGGCAAAGACUGGCAAAAGCACAAGGAUUCGCGUUGCGAUAGAGACAACACCGAAUAUGAAAAGUAUGAUUAUCGUGAAAUGCUGCACAAUGCCACUUUCUGUCUGGUUCCCCGUGGCCGCAGGCUUGGAUCCUUCAGGUUUCUGGAGGCUCUGCAGGCUGCCUGUGUCCCAGUUAUGCUUAGCAAUGGAUGGGAGUUGCCAUUUUCCGAAGUGAUUGAUUGGAACCAAGCUGCCGUCAUAGGGGAUGAGCGACUGUUAUUACAGAUUCCUUCUACAAUCAGGUCUAUCCAUCAGGAUAAAAUCCUAGCACUUAGACAGCAGACACAGUUCUUGUGGGAGGCUUAUUUUUCUUCAGUUGAGAAGAUUGUAUUGACCACACUAGAGAUUAUUCAGGACAGAAUAUUUAAGCACAUAUCACGUAACAGUUUAAUAUGGAACAAACAUCCUGGAGGGUUAUUCGUAUUGCCACAGUAUUCCUCGUAUCUGGGAGAUUUUCCUUACUACUAUGCUAAUCUAGGUCUCAAGCCCCCCUCCAAGUUCACUGCCGUUAUCCAUGCAGUAACUCCCUUGGUUUCCCAAUCUCAGCCUGUGCUGAAACUCCUGGUUGCUGUAGCCAAGUCCCAGUACUGUGCACAGAUCAUUGUUUUAUGGAAUUGUGAUAAACCCCUCCCAGCCAAACACCGCUGGCCUGCCACUCCUGUGCCUGUCAUAGUCAUUGAAGGGGAAAGCAAGGUUAUGAGCAGUCGCUUCCUACCUUAUGACAACAUAAUCACAGAUGCUGUGCUAAGCCUUGACGAGGACACCGUGCUUUCAACCACCGAGGUGGAUUUUGCAUUUACAGUAUGGCAGAGUUUUCCGGAGAGGAUUGUAGGGUACCCCGCUCGCAGUCACUUUUGGGAUAAUACUAAGGAGAGAUGGGGCUAUACAUCCAAAUGGACUAAUGACUAUUCCAUGGUAUUGACAGGAGCUGCUAUUUACCACAAAUAUUAUCACUACCUGUACACUCAUUACCUGCCUGCCAGCCUGAAGAAUAUGGUGGACCAACUGGCCAAUUGUGAGGACAUUCUAAUGAAUUUUUUGGUGUCUGCUGUGACAAAACUGCCUCCAAUCAAAGUAACACAGAAAAAACAGUAUAAGGAGACCAUGAUGGGGCAGACUUCCAGGGCUUCUCGCUGGGCUGACCCAGAUCAUUUUGCCCAGCGGCAGAGCUGCAUGAACACUUUCGCCAGCUGGUUUGGCUAUAUGCCGCUGAUCCAUUCUCAGAUGAGGCUUGACCCUGUCCUCUUUAAAGAUCAGGUCUCCAUCCUGAGGAAGAAAUAUCGAGACAUUGAACGACUUUGAGGAGCCCUGCUGAGGGGACUGAACUGUUCUCCAUGCCCAGCGCAGAUCCACGGACACUUGGAGCCAGACUGUACCGAGGACAAAACCACAUGCAAGUGGAAAGCAGAGUUGUGUGGCUCCAAGGAAUCAUUGUGCUGGACUGCUUCAAACCACCUCACAGGUUUCUGUCGUUCAAGACUAGGUUGUGUACAGUUUCAUUAUGGAACAUUAAAUAAUUAUUUUUGAAAUGAUUGCUAUGCAGGUUAAAACUUUUUUAAUGAUCAAAAAAAACCCACAACUAUUAAAAACAGAGUUCUUUCUUUAAUCAAAA